AUGACCACCCGGUGUUUGCUGCGUGUUUGCCCCAUACUGCUCUUCUUCACUGAAAUCUCAUCUUGGAUUUGUACCAUGCUUCACUUCCAGCAGAACAAAAUGAACAAGGAGAACUUGGAGCCUCUCAAGAAAAUGAGUGGAAAUUUCACCUCACAAUGCAUAAAUGACAGGGCAGCUUUCAAGUCCCCCCAGAAUGUUGCCCAACUUCCAGUGUCCCAGAAGGAGAAUACCAAGGUGUCAACCCAAGAGAUCUUUCAAGAGAUCUUCAACAUCUUUAGCAAAAAUCUCACCCAAAGUGCCUGGAAUGGGACUUCCAUAGACAGGUUCCAAAGUGGACAUUACCAGCAAAUUCAGCGGCUGGAGGUAUGUAUGAGAGCACAGAUGGAGAAGGACUUUACCAACCCGGAAAGUGAGGACCUCCAGCUCACCAGUUGGAGAGUGAAACAAUAUUUUCAGGGGAUAGAUGCUUUUCUGAAAGAAAAGCAAUACAGGCUUUGUGCAGGGGUGGCCUGCCCUGUCCAUACAGGUGAACUAGGCAGUAGCCUAGGGUGCCAAGUUAAAUAG